AUUUUAUUGAACACCAAAUACACACAGCCUAAUGCCAAAACUAGGCCAGUGGACUUUGUCGGACUGAAGAAAACCACCUUCAUAAUUUUCAGACUGUGCGUGUUCGACUCUGAAUCUUGAGUGUCCAGUUCUGUGUAUAUAACAACAUGUUUAUUACCACAGAGGCGAGUCUUUUUAUGCUGAUAUUAGGACUUUUAACAGGUCGUGCCUAUUGUAAUCUUGCUGAUGAGCUAAGAGACUGUCUGUCGUCUCUGCCGAGGACCCAGUUCGUAAAGUCAUAUAAUGAUGUUUGUCUGAAACUUAUCACGAGGAAACUAUCGUGGAACAAAGCCAAUUCCAACUGCCACAGAGAUGGGGGUCGUCUGGUACAGAUUCAAAACCAAGACAAACAGGACUUCAUCUACAAUACACUGAAGUCCAUGCACUGGGAAGACAGGGGUGUGUGGAUAGGAGCAACUGACCACAGCAGUGAGGGGACAUGGAAAUGGACAGACGGUACGGAACUGUCUUACGGAUACUGGCAACCGGGAGAGGGACCAGCACAUGGAUUCCUCUUCUCCAAAGCUGGGUACGAGGACUGCGCUAUGAUGCGGCUCGACGACAGCGGGAGAUGGCACGACUAUGACUGCGGGACUAUUCUGUAUCGUCACACAUCUAUAUGUGAAUAUAGUAAGUUGUAUCUGUUCAUGUAG